UUGCUGUAUCAGCGUCCAAAUUUUGUAUGUGAACAAAAUCACAUCCCCUACCGCGUCUUCUCCAUCUCUGCAAAAGUUGGCCACUUUAUAUCUUAAUUAACCGCCUGAAUCCAAUUUAAGCUUACCCUUUUCUUAAUUUUUCUUGAAUAUGGGCGAAAAAUAGGAUCUUGGAUGCAGUCAAUCAGUUCUCUGAGCUCAUUCAUUCAUCUACUGCCGCAUAUAACUCUUCAGGUAGAAUUUGAGCCACAGGUCUAGGAGUUUCUUAACUUGGAUGAAAGUUAUUGGGCACAGGAGAUGCAGUCUCUGCUCUUCAUCUAGGUUAUUCUCAUCUUCAGUUCAAUGGAUUUCUCCUUUGCAUUACCAGAGCAGGAGUUCCCCGAGGCAAGAUGCUGCUAUCGAAAUAGAUGGCACUACUGUAGAAGAAGUUCCAAGAAAACGCAAGUAUAUAUCUCAUGAAGCCGCAGUCAGCUUGAUAAAACAAGAGAAAGAUGCAAAACGUGCCCUGGAGAUUUUUAACAAGGUUUCUGAUCAGAAGGGUUUCAAUCACAAUAACUCCACCUAUGCUGUUCUUCUCCAUAAACUUGCUCUUUGCAAGAAAUUUGAAACAGUCGAUGUUGUUAUUCAUCAGAUGAAAUAUGAAACUUGUAAGUUCCAUGAAGGUAUAUUCAUUAACCUCAUGAAACAUUACUCCAAAUCCUCUCUCCAUGAAAAGGUUCUGGAGAUGUUUGACGCAAUCUUGCCUAUCGUUCGGGAAAAGCCGUCCCUCAAUGCCAUUAGCACGUGUCUGAAUCUCCUGAUUGAAGCAAAACAGAUUGAUCUGGCCAGGGAGUUUCUCUUAAAUGUGCAGAAGCAUCUAGAUUUGAAGCCGAAUACAUGCAUUUUCAAUAUCUUGGUCAAGUAUCAUUGCAGAAAAGGGGAUGUUGAAGCUGCAUUUGUAGUAGUAGAAGAGAUGAGAAAGUCCAUAGUUUCUUAUCCUAACUUGAUUACUUAUAGCACCCUUAUGGAUGGCCUAUGCCGAUGUGGAAGGCUUCAAGAAGCAAUCGACUUGUUUGAGAAAAUGCUUGCUGAAGAUCAAAUUCCGCCAGAUGCAUUGACUUACAAUAUCUUAAUAAAUGCAUUUUCUCGUGCAGGAAAGGUGGAUAGAGCUACAAAUAUAAUAGAUUUUAUGAAGAAAAAUGGAUGCCAACCAAAUAUAGUUAAUUACACAGCUUUGAUGAAUGGAUUUUGUAAGGAGGGGAGAGGGGAAGAUGCCAAAGAGGUAUUUCAUGAGAUGAAAAGAGUAGGCCUAACGCCUGAUAUCGUUGGCUAUACAACAUUGAUAAAUUCCUUCUGUAGGGCUGGUAAAGUUGAUGAAGGCAUUGAGUUACUUGAAGAAAUGAAGGAUAAAGGAUGCAAAGCUGAUGACGUGACAAUAAAAGUUAUACUUGGAGGAUUGUGCAGAGCCUCUAGAUCAAGUGAAGCUUUCGAUAUGCUUGAAAGGUUACCUUAUGAUGGUAUACGCCUAAGUAAGGAAAGUUAUAGGAUUGUGUUAAAUUUCUUGUGUAAAGAAGGCGAGCUAGAAAAGGCAAUGGAGUUGUUAGGUCUGAUGUUGGCUAGAGGAUUCGUGCCUCAUUUUGCUACGUCAAAUGAAUUGAUAGUUCAACAAUGUGAAGCUGGAAAGGCAGCCGAUGCAGCUAUGGCAUUGUUUGGGCUGUUAGAAAUGGGGUUUAAGCCAGAACCUCAGACAUGGAGUUUAUUGAUUGAUGUGAUUUGCAGGGAGAGAAAGUUAUUGCCUGCAUUUCAAUUACUUGAUGAGUUGGUUCUGCAAUAGUUAAAUAUAUGUACUGUGACUGUAGGCUUUUUCUUUUCUUGUCGAUGGCUUUUAGAAAGAAGAUAUUUGAACCAUCAUUAGCUUGCAGUAGACAUCAACAUAUGUUCAUUAGAAGUUUAAUCUGUAUCUCCUUAUAAGACACAAAGGAAUGGAAACUUGCGAGGAUAGCAGAUUCACUUGCCCUACUGCUA